GGAUGAUGAAUUCAAUAUCAGGUCACAAAUUCUCAGAUUCAUCUCGUAUAUUAGGGCCCAUUUCCGAAUUCAUUCGAUUCAGAUUUGCCCAUUUCUGAAUUGAUCUCAAAAUCUCUGAUUUCCGAUUUCAAACCCUUUAAUUAUCGAUUUUGAACAAACCCUUUUGACCCAUUUUGUUUUUAUUAAUGAUUGGAUUCUUUGAGGGUUUGCAAUAAGUGUUCGCUUGCUGUUCUCUGUUGGAUUCGUUUGAUAUUCUGCGGAGAUGGCAGAAGUAGCAAAGGACUUAACUGCAGGAACAAUAGGAGGGGCCGCACAGUUGAUCGUCGGACACCCUUUCGACACUAUCAAAGUCAAACUCCAAAGUCAACCGACCCCACCACCAGGUCAACUCCCUAGAUAUUCUGGCGCAAUAGAUGCGGUUAAACAAACGCUAGCAGCUGAAGGUCCACGGGGUCUAUACAAAGGCAUGGGGGCCCCACUUGCCACUGUGGCAGCCUUGAACGCUGUUCUGUUCACAGUUAGGGGUCAAAUGGAAGCGCUUUUGCGGUCUGAACCUGGUGCACCCCUCACAGUGAACCAGCAGGUGGUUGCUGGAGCCGGUGCUGGAUUUGCUGUCGCCAUUUUGGCCACCCCAACUGAGUUAAUCAAGUGCAGAUUGCAGGCCCAAAGUGCACUAGCCGAUGGAGCAGUAACCGCCGCAGUGAAGUACAGCGGUCCAUUAGACGUCGCUAAGCAAGUCUUGCGGUCAGAAGGAGGUGCGAGAGGUCUGUUCAAGGGACUAAUUCCCACAAUGGCCCGUGAAGUCCCGGGAAAUGCAGCCAUGUUCGGUGUCUACGAAGCCCUGAAACAGCAUUUUGCUGGUGGGACCGACACAUCAGGUCUAGACCGUGGUUCAUUGAUCAUAGCUGGAGGUUUAGCUGGAGGUGCGUUUUGGGCUUCAGUUUACCCUACGGAUGUUAUCAAGAGUGUGAUCCAGAUUGAUGAUUAUAAGAACCCGAAAUAUUCGGGUUCGAUCGAUGCUUUUAAAAAGAUUGUUAAGACUGAGGGAUUUGGCGGUUUAUACAAAGGUUUUGGACCCGCAAUGGGAAGAAGUGUCCCGGCUAAUGCUGCUUGCUUUUUAGCGUAUGAAGCUGUGAGGUCGAGUCUAGGUUGAUCUUAAAGGGUGAUUUUUCUACGCGUUUUCUUUGCGUUUUAGAAACAAAGAUUGUUAUGAUAGUUUGAUUUCGAGUUGCUUCGUUUGCUUCGAGCUCGGCCUAGAACAUUUUAUUUAACAAAAUGAUUUUGAAAUAAUAGGUGAUUUAUGUUACUUGAA